AUGGAUGGAGCCGGAGACACGUCACGGCGCACCGCCGCAGCCAUGAAGACGCAGCGGUCCAGCCUCCGGAGCCUCAGUCGGUCUCCAUCUCCCGAGCUGCGAGCUCCUCGCGGACGACGGCGUGAGUAUCCGAGGAUCCCCGGAGACGUCCGGCGGCCUGACAGCGAGGUAAUCAGCUGCCACCGUCACCACCAUCACACGGUGUUUGAGGGAGGACGGACUCUCUGCAUGAGGGAGGUGUGUCCUGUCCUCUCAUGCCCCGCCCACCUCAGCCACACCCCCCCUGGACAGUGCUGUCCCAGGUGUCUCGGUCAGAGGAAGGUGUUUGACCUGUCGUUGGGCAGCUGUCUGUUCCACAGUGAAGUUUACGAGAACGGGACGUCCUUCAUACACGACAACUGCACCGCCUGCACCUGCAAGGAGUCCACGGUGGUGUGUCAGAAGCGGUGCUCUCGUCCGGGGGGUUGCCACGACGACCGGUGCUGCGAGGAGUGUCUGUCCUACGUGAAGGUGGAGGAGGUGAAGUACUGCAGAGUCCGGAACAAGAUCUACAGGGAAGGAGACAUGUGGUCGUCGGUUAACUGCACCCUCUGCGCCUGCGUCAAAGGAAACAUCGAGUGCCGGCCCAAACACUGUGUGCCAAUCACCAGCUGCCCCUCGAAUAAGAUCCUGAACAGGACCGGCUGCUGUCCGGUUUGCACUGAAAAGCCCGGCGUGUGCACGGUGUUUGGCGACCCUCACUACAACACCUUCGACGGCAGGACCUUUAACUUCCAGGGGACCUGUCAGUACGUGCUGACUCGUGACUGCGGCGGCGCCUCCGGAGGACCAGGAAACCAGGUCAACGGCCCGGACUCCAGCUUCAUGGUGCUGGUGAAGAACGACGCCCGGCGCACUCGCUCCUUCUCCUGGACUCAGUCGGUGGAGGUGAGGCUGGGAGGUCUGACCCUCGGCCUCCACCAGCACCUGACGGUCCGGAGGAACGGCACCCGCAUCGCGCUGCCCUACCACGGCCCCGGGGUGCACAUCGACCUGGACGGGUACCUGCUCAAACUCACCACCAUCGCAGGCCUGGAGAUCACGUGGGACGGCGACAGUUUCGUGGAGGUCGUGGCCGCCCCCCACCUGCGCGGACGCCUCUGUGGACUGUGCGGCAACUACAACGGCCACAAGCGCGACGACACCAUGGGCGGCGACGGCCAGUUCAAGUUCGACGUGGACGAGUUCGCCGAGUCGUGGCGCGUCGAGGGGAACGAGGUUUGCUCCCAGCAGCCGCCGCCCCGCCGGCCGGCCUCCUUCCUGUGCCCCGGCAGCGUCAAGGUCAAGUUCCGCGCCCACCGGGAGUGCCAGAAGAUCAAGUCGUGGGAGUUCCAGAAGUGCCACCGCGUGGUCGACUUCGCCCCUUUCUACAGGUCGUGUGUGACGGACAUGUGCGAGUGUCCGGUCCAUAAAAACUGCUACUGCGAGUCCUUCAUCGCCUACAGCCGAGCCUGCGAGAGGGAGGGGGUGCCCGUCCUCUGGAGGGCCGACACCGCCUGCAUGGCGACGCAGUGUAAACACGGCGCCGUGUACGACACCUGCGGACCGGGCUGCACCAAAACCUGCGACAACUGGAACGAGAUCGGGCCGUGCCACAAGCCCUGCGUGGCCGGCUGCCACUGCCCCGCCAACCUGGUGCUGUUCCAGGGACGCUGCAUCAAGCCCACAGCCUGCCCCGGCCGGUGA